AUGAGUCGAAUAGGGCUCACAAGAUCAAUUCUUGUGAAUUCCGCUCCAAUCCAAUCUUCUCCUAUUAGGUCAGAAACGAGUUCUGUCAUUGAAGUUAAAAAUGAUAUAACUCAGGAAGAUGUAAACCGUUUAAUUGCAGAAAAACAUCGUUUAUCACAAGAAGCAGCAAAGCUAAAAGCAAGAAUAUCUCGUUUAGAAAUGCAAAAUAAAAUAAAAGAGCGAACUGACAAAGAAAAUCCUCGUUUUUUAACUAGAGGAGAGUUUGAAUACCGAGCAAUUGAACAACAAUUGAUUCAACAACGUGCAACGAUGAAUGAAUUGCUAAUGUCAGAUAAAGCAGCGCAAAUUUACGAAUUAAAAGAAAGCAUUCGAUUAAUCUUUGAAGAAAAAGAACGAUUAAAGGAUCUUCAGUUAGAAAAGCAGAUGGAAAUCAAUGCGAAGAAAGCAGAAUGGGAAGAACUGCAAAGAACAGACGGUCCUGAGAUUUUUCAACAACAAAUCAUUAUAAUUGACGAGCUUAAAGAAAAACUGGCUAAGUUUAGGAAAGCCAAUGAGAAAUUACGCCUUAAAGUUGAAAAUCUCAAAGAUCAGAAAGAAAUCGAGACAAAACUUGCAGGAAGCCAGCCAAAAAGACAAACAGACUACUUGCGCAUUCUUAUUCGUGAUGCUGAAGAAGCAACAAAGAAAAUUGACGAAAAAAUCGAAGAAUCUAUUUAUCAACAUUCUGAGAUUAUGAAAGGACUUCAUAUUGAGUUGCUCCAAAAGGGUCUCGAUAAGGAAUCUUUACUUUAA